UAUGUAUUCAUUUUUAUAUAAAAAAAAAGAGAGAUGAGAGAGAGGUUUAGAGAGAGAGAGAGUGCUAGGGUUUGGACAAGGCGUCCGGCAGCAAGGGACAGCGGUAAUGGGCUCCGACGGUGGCUUCCGGGUUUUGGCAAGCAGUAUCUGGGUCAGGCGACUUCGUUUUUCUUCUAUAAUUUUCCAGAGGAUAGUUCUGCGAAGGAUCUAUGGUUUUGUUUUGGGGCACAUGGGAGGGUAGCAGAUGUUUAUAUUCCGGCAAGGAGGGAUCGAAGAGGGCGUCGUUUUGGCUUUGUUCGCAUGUCAGAGGUCUCAAAUGUGACAGAACUGGAAAGGAAAUUGAAUCAGAUAUGGCUGGGUUCCUAUCAUCUUAGGGUGAAGGUGGCAGGCAGUAUGAAAAGAGGGAAGGAAGGGGCAAUGGUGAGACACAAAUCGCAGAUUGAGAAGAAAUGGAUUAAGAGGGACAACAAGGUGAAUCCAAAGGUGACUUAUGCACAGGUGGUGGCCGGGAAUAUGGCUGAAGUUGAGGAUAGAAAUUCUUCGGCUAAUGAUGUACGAUAUGUUUCGACAUCAAAGGAGAAUGAGUCAAUAGGGAAGAGGAUUGUGGAGGAUGGCAUAAAGGCCAAAGCAUCAGAAGUGGUGCCGGAGUCAAAGCAUGACGGGUUAAUGAAGACAGUCUCAUUUGGGAGGGAUGCGAUGAGAGGCCUAUCAAAAUCUGAUUUGGUUUUAAAUUUUUCUCCUACGGAGGAGGAGGGGGCAUGGCUGAAACAAAGUUGGGGGGCCAUGGUGAGAUCUUUAGAUAUGGUGAAGCAAAUACAGAACAGAUUUAAUGUUGAUGGGGUUCGGGUUACAGUAGCAUUGUUAGGGGGUCGUCAUGUAGUUUUAUUGGAUAAUUCGGAAGGAUGUUUUGAGGAGUUCAUAAAGGAUAAUCGGGAGUUGAUAGAUUAUUGGUUUGAAUGGAUUCAGCAAAGUAGCUUAACUACAAUGCCUCUAUUGAGUAGAUUGGUGUGGCUUCGGUUGACAGGGGUCCCUUUGAAAGCAUGGAGUGACAGAUGUUUCACGGAGCUAGGGGGGUUAAUUGGAGAGGUGAUUCUUGUGGAUGAGGAUACAAAGAGCAAAUCUUUCCUGUGUGAAGGUAGAGUGUUGAUAUUGAGCACGGAAAAAACCAAAAUUUCAACCAUAGUUAUGCUGCAGAUUGAUGGUGAAGUUUUUCCGGUAACAGUGGAGGAGGAGGAGUGGCGGAUGGACCCAGAUUGGUGGCUGGCUGGAGAACGGCGAAACCCGGCAACAGAGUCCGAUUCAGAAGCUUCCAGCGACGGUUACCAUAAUUGUCAGUUAAAUGUGGACGGAUUUCUGGGCGAUGAAGUCGCUGAUUUGGCCGAGGAUCGCGUAGCAACGGCUCUUGACGUGCAUGGAAGUUUAAAUGAGCAAGGCGUUUUGGCGGAAAAAGGAUCGGGUGAGUUGAUUAGGGAACAUGGGCUUGGUGGGAAUGGGCCGGGUUUGGAUAACUUGCGUGGGCCAGAAGUUGUUGAGAAUGGUUUGCAGCUGGCCGAAGGUGGUAUGUUGGUGCCAGCUGGGUCGCAACAGGGUCGGUGGGAUCGGGUGAAGAAAUACAAAUGUGUGGAGGAGAUAUAUGUUGGGGGCAGGGGAGUGAGGGAACCGACAGAAACAGAGCUGUCGUGGGUUACAGAGAGAACAAAACUCAGAAGGGAAAGAAAGGAAAAAGUUCAGUGGGCUGGGUCUCGGCAGGAAGAGCAGCGGGAAGCUUCUUUGUCCGAUGGUUGCAUUCAACAUAGAAACCAAGCUAUUCGGCAACAGAUGGAGGUAGAUGAAGUGCGCAGAUUAUUUGAGAUGGGGCAACGGUUGGGAGUUCAGUGUCAACAGAAUGAAGCAGAGGAAACGAAAUUAGAGGUGGUGGAGGUUUCUUUGUGCAGGAUGUUGUGGAUUUCGGAAGAUUUUGAUUGGGUAAUGCAAAAAUCACAAGGAAAUUCGGGGGGGUUGUUGUGCAUAUGGAACAAGAGGAGUUUUGUGAAAAAGAGGGUGUUUGAAGGAAAGGGGUUUAUUGGGAUUUCGGGGGAAUGGGGUAGUCAACAGCUCAGUUGUAAUUUGGUGAAUGUGUAUGCUCCUUGUGAUAAGAAAGAGAAGGUUUUGUUGUGGGAAGAGAUGGGGAGUUUAGUAUCGAAUCAGGGUGGGAGGUGGCUUUUAGCAGGGGAUUUUAACUCUGUUCGAAGUAUAAUAGAAAGGAAGGGGAGAUUAGGCGAGACUCAGGAUAUGGAAGAAUUUAAUCGAUUUGUGGAAGGGACUGGUCUUAUUGAUGUUAAAUUGUUGAACAGGAAGUUUACUUGGUAUAGAUCUGAUGGAAGCUCAAUGAGUAGACUUGACAGAUUUUUGUUAUCUUCGGAGAUGAGUAUGCUGGAAAGAGAUUGGACACAAGUUGGGGUUCGACGCUCAAUCUCAGACCACUGUGCUAUUAUUUUGAAAUCGAGAAAUGUUGAUUGGGGUCCUAAGCCGUUUCGAGCUCUUGAUGUAUGGCAACAACACCCAGAGUUUAGAGAUUUUGUGGUGGAUAAAUGGAAAAAUCUGCAGAUUGAAGGAUGGGCAGCUUUUAAAUGUCAAAAAAAGCUGCAAUUAUUAAAGGAGGAAUGCAAAAGGUGGAACAAGGAGGUGUUUGGAAAUGUGGAGGUAAGGUAUGAGAGUUUGUUGCAGCAAAUUGAGAUGUUAGAUAAGAAGAGUGAGGACACUGAUCUAAAUGAGAAUGAGGUGUUGUUACGAAAGGUGUGUUCUCAGGAAGUUUGGGAUGUACUACAGAAAAGAGAAGCGGUGUGGAGACAAAAAUCGCGAGCCAAUUGGGUUCGCCUUGGGGAUGCCAAUACGGCUUUCUUUCAUAGAUGUGUGCAUGCUCGACGAGCACAGAAUGUAUUAUCAGGCAUCUUAGGUGAGGGUGGGUGGGUUGAGGAACCUGAAAUGGUAAAGGAGGAGGCAGUAAGGUAUUUUUGUCAGUUAUUUCAGAAUGAUCAGUGGAGUCGUCCAGUGAUGGGUGGGAUUCAGUUUCGUCGAAUUUCAGCUGAACAGAGGGAGUGGCUCGAAAGGCCUUUCUCAAUAGAGGAGAUUGAAGAAGGUCUUCAUAGUUGUGAGGGCUCGAAGGCACCCGGUCCGGAUGGGUUUAAUUUUAAUUUCAUAAAGUUUGCGUGGAGUUCUUUGAAAGAUGAUUUCGUGAAUUUUAUGUGUGAAUUUCAUCAACAUGGCAGGUUAGUGAAAGGUUUAAAUUCUUCAUUCCUUGCAUUAAUCCCUAAGAAAUUGAACCCUCUUCAGUUUAAAGAGUAUAGGCCUAUUAGCUUGUUGGGGUGUUUGUAUAAAUUGUUGGCCAAGGUUCUGGCAAAUCGGUUGAAAAUGGUAAUGUCAGAUAUAAUUAGUGAUUCUCAGUCCGCUUUUGUGGGUGGUAGGCAGUUGGUGGAUAGCGUGUUAAUAUUGAAUGAGGUUGUGCAUGAGGUGAAAAGCAGAAAGAAACAAAGCUUUAUGUUUAAAGCUGAUUUUGAGAAAGCUUACGAUUGUGUGGAUUGGGGUUUUCUCGAUUGGAUGAUGGAUAGUAUGGGCUUUGGGGAUAAAUGGAGAAAAUGGAUUCGGGAAUGCCUCUCAACUGCGAGGAUAUCGGUGUUAAUUAAUGGAAGUCCAACGAGGGAAUUCUCUGUUUCCAAAGGCCUUCGUCAAGGUGAUCCUCUAUCUCCUUUUUUGUUUUUAUUGGUUGGAGAAGGUUUGUGUGGACUGGUCAAAAAAGCUGAGUGUGAAGGGAUGUUGAGAGGAGUAGAGAUCGGAAGGGGAGGGGUGGUGUUGUCGCUAUUACAAUUUGCAGAUGACACAGUGUUCAUCGGGACAGCUGAUGCAGAAAAUGUUAGAGUUGUGAAAGCUAUCUUGCUUUGGUUUGAACUGAUUUCUGGGUUAAAGAUAAAUUUUAGCAAGAGUCAUCUGUACGGCUUUAAUGUUUCGGAGGGUUGGUUACAAGGGGCUGCAGAUAUGUUACACUGUGGGGUGGGCAAAGUGCCUUUUAUAUACUUGGGUUUGCCAGUAGGAGGAAAUCCGGGGAGGAAGAGGUGUUGGAAGUCGGUAAUAGAGCGGUUUCAUCAAAAGCUUGCCACUUGGAAAAGCCCAUUACUGUCCUUUGGAGGCCGGAUUACCUUAAUAAACUCGGUACUCUCUGCUAUCCCUAUUUUUUAUUUGUCUUUAUUUAGGAUUCCUAAAGUUGUUCUUGUUGAGUUGAUUAAAAUUCAGCGGAAUUUUUUUUGGGGUGGUGUGAGUUUGGCUAAAAAGAUUCCAUGGGUUAGUUGGGAGUGUAUGUGUGCGGAGAAGGAGAAGGGGGGUCUAGGAGUGGUUGAUUUAGAGAGAAAGAAUGGGGCUUUGUUGGGGAAAUGGUGGUUUCGUCUGGGUGAUGGUUUAGAUAGUUUAUGGAAGAGGGUGAUUUGGGGAAAAUAUUAUGGGGGUAGGAGGGAGAGGGAUGUCACUUCUGUUGAGUGUUUGACUAUGUCUCGGAUUUGGAAGGAUAUUGUGUGUUUGGGUAGUAGAUCGGAACAAUUUUCAAAGAUGUUAGUAAGAGGUUUUAAGUGGGAAGUUGGGGAUGGAAGCUGUGUGGAUUUUUGGAGUGACAAAUGGGUGGGGGUUAAUUCUUUGAAAGAGUUAUAUCCUAGGUUGUUUGUGCUGGCUGUAAGGAAGGAAGGGUUGGUGAAGGAUAUGGGUGGUUGGCGUGGAGAUAAUUGGGUUUGGGAUUGUAGGUGGCGGUGUGGAAGUAGAGGGAGGGCAGCAGAAGAGGAACAAAUUUUUCGGUCAAUGCUUAAUGGAUUUACGUUGCGGAAUGGUAGGGAGGAUGUUUGGAAAUGGGUGCAUAGUAGUGAGGGUUGUUAUUCGGUGAAGGCAGCUUAUGAGUUCCUAACACCAAAUUCUUGUUUUGUUGAGGAGAAAUGGGCUAAGGUGAUUUGGAAUAGAUAUGUCCCUUCUAAAGGGGCGAUAAGGGAUGCGUGUUGUGUCAGGGGGGGGAGGAGCAUCUUCAUCAUAUUUUCUGUGGGUGUAAAAGGGUAUGGUUAGUAUGGAUGAAGGGCACUGAUGCCAUGAUGGGAACUCGAUGGUCCCCACAUGGCUACCUGUCAUUGUUAUAUAUAUCUUGAAGAAGAAGAAUUAAGAUGCCUACAGAAAACCGGUACGAUUUUCCCCAUGAAUUUCAUCACUUUGGAUGUCCUCAUUGUCAUAUUGGUAUUGGAACCAGAAGAAUUAAAAAACCAAGAAACCUGUUUGCUUUUUCAUGGAUUUGGAAGGGGUAUAAUAUAAUGUUGAACUUGAAACAAAUCUGCACUUUAUUAUAUGUUAAUCUUAAUCGGUUGUAAGACCUUAAUUUAUGUAAUCAAGCAUUUCUUUCCUUCUUUCCUAAUAAAUGGAAUCUUAUUUU